UGGAUGGUGCUGGUGAAGUUACAGCCGGACCGUUCACUUUGGUAAAAUUGGUGAGUAAAUCGGACAGUGAUUACGAUUUACUGUGUACUGGAACAGCAUCGGAACGUUUUAUAGCCGUUUUGAUAAAAAAAUAUGGGUUGUAUAAAAUCCAAGCUGACCAAUGGCGGGAAUGAGGAUACGCGUGCUCACACGAAAAACCAACCAGUACGUACCGACCGAACUAGAUAUGUGAGAGACCCCACCACCAGUAGGCCAAGUUUGCCAACUCAAGGGGGUCUUCUUCCUGGCCAAGUGUUCCAAAGAAUGGAGGAGCAAAAUGGGUCUGUGAAAAUAGUGGUUGCACUGUACCCAUAUGAAGCAGUACACAGUGGAGAUUUGACGUUUAAGAAAGGAGAACGACUUAAAGUUCUUGAAGAGAAAGGAGAAUGGUGGAGAGCAAAGUCUCUUAUGACCAAGAAGGAGGGUUUGAUUCCCAGUAAUUAUGUAGCUCAAGCAGACACAGUGGAGAGUGAAGACUGGUUCUUUAAAGACAUUACCAGGAGAGAUGCAGAGAGGCAACUGCUGGCUCCUGCAAAUAAGCCAGGAUCUUUCCUCAUUCGAGAGAGUGAGACAUCCAAAGGAAGUUACUCGCUGUCUAUCAGGGAUAUAGAUGACCAGGGUGCAGACACUGUCAAACAUUAUAAGAUCCGCACAAUGGACAAUGGAGGCUACUACGUCUCUCCUAAAAACACCUUCUCUGACAUCAACAGCAUGAUAAAGCACUACCAGAAGCAAGCAGAUGGGCUCUGCCGAAAACUGGACAAGCCCUGUGUGAAACCCAAAGCCCAGACACCAUGGGACAAAGACGCGUGGGAAAUCUCAAAGGAGUCCAUCAAGAUGGUGAAAAAGCUUGGGGCGGGACAGUUUGGUGAAGUUUGGAUGGCCUUCUACAACAGCAGCACCAAAGUGGCAGUGAAGACCCUGAAACCUGGGACCAUGUCUGCGGAGGCCUUCCUGGAGGAGGCCAACCUGAUGAAGACCUUGCAGCAUGACAGACUGGUGCGACUUUAUGCCGUGGUCACUAAAAGCGAGCCCAUCUACAUCAUCACCGAGUUCAUGGCCAACGGUAGUUUGCUGGAUUUCUUAAAAAGUGAAGCUGGCAGAAAAGUGCUGCUACCCAAACUAAUAGAUUUUUCAGCCCAGAUUGCAGAGGGGAUGGCUUACAUUGAGAAAAAGAACUACAUUCACAGAGACCUGAGAGCUGCAAAUGUUCUCGUGUCUGAGAGCCUGCUCUGCAAGAUUGCUGAUUUUGGCCUCGCGAGAGUCAUUGAGGAUGAUCAGUACACAGCUAGAGAAGGAGCCAAGUUUCCCAUUAAAUGGACAGCACCGGAGGCCAUCAAUUAUGGAUCAUUUACAAUUAAAUCAGACAUGUGGUCAUUUGGAAUCCUUCUAUAUGAAAUUGUCACAUAUGGAAAAAUCCCUUACCCAGGGAUGAGUAAUGGUGAUGUAAUGAUGGCUGUCCAGCGAGGUUAUCGGAUGCCGUGUCCCGAAGACUGUCCCAGUGAGCUUUAUGACAUUAUGAACACAUGCUGGAAGAGCAAGCCAGAUGACAGGCCCACAUUUGACUACAUGCAGAGUGUGCUGGAUGACUUCUUCACUGCCACUGAGGGUCAGUACCAGCAGCAGCCAUAGGAGAAGACAGCUUAUCCUAAGGAACAUCUCUAGCACCAUCUGGACUAGAUCCACUUCCAUAAUGGACAGAAAAAGACAAUGAUUCUGCAUUGGUAAAAAGUCCUGUCGCUUGUUUCCAGCAAUCCAAACAUCAUUCGUUUUUACCCAACGGCUUACUCCUCUGUGGUCCAGUGAAGCCUUUGUUACAAAACUAGGAUUUCUGACUGUCGGCCUCACUAAAGCAUCACAGCGGGAGCUUUCAGUGCUUCAACACCAGGAAGAACAGGGUGGAACGCCUGCCAUUUUGGACUCGGGUGUGUGAAGACAAUUGGUGCCAAUUUUGUACAUAUGUGAAAGCAGGUUUUGGAAAACAAGCAUCAAUAAGCAGCACCAAGGAAGCAAGCAUAUGGAGUUCUGAGUGUGUAAGGGAAUUUGACAGUAAUUUUGAUUCAUUUAAAUGAGUGUUUGUCAUUGGAUAACAUGUACAGAAAUAUAUGAACAUAUGGACAAAUAGGUUAUUCAACAGCACUGAUUAUUUGGGGAUCUUUUCCUCUGUGUGGAUGGAGUCAACUAUUCAGAAGAAUUAGUUGAAAAGAGGCAACCUUCAGUACAAAUGUUUGAUUCUCCCUUUUCCAAUGCAUUGCAGACAGACAUGACAUCAUCUACACUGAAUAAAUGGACAUAACCUGGUUUACAACACUGACAGAUUAACUGUAGGUAUUAAGGCCUGUAGGUUUGCCAUGUGGUAGAGUUUAUCUGCAUACUUUUGUUUUACUGUGGAGACAAACCCAAUUUAUGUUCUAGUUUCUAUAUCGCACUUCUUAUGAGCAUAAGAAGCAUAAUCAAUGUGAGCUUUGUGCAAUAAACAAGGUUUAUUCUAAAUGCCCCGAGACCUAAACUUGGUCUUGCAAUUUGCUGAGAGCAAUGGUAGUUCUUGUGUCAGCCAUAAUUUAUAUCAGUUUAAAUUUUUAGACCACCUAUUGUAUAUGUUUUUUUCCCUCUACUACAAUUAAAUAUGCAAACAAUGCUACAUUGAAAGGAUUAAAGAAAAGGUUCAGAAAUGUUUUCAGGUAUCAGUGAUCUCGUGUCUCCAUUUCAAUACAAGCCCACUUAGGAGUGCAGUGUUUCUGUUUUACAAAAAAAGAAAACCCCAGUGCUUUGUCCCAUUCAAUUUACAAAUCAUAAACACAACCAGAUAUGUAAUGGAAUGGAUUACGAGUCAAAUCAUGUACUGUAGCUGAGAGCUCCCAUUGUGGCUCAAUACUGAUCAAAUUUUAAAUGCAGUUACAUCAACCGAUGAACAGAACCAAAACGUUUCAAAAAGGACCUGUAAAAAUUGCAACAGUAUAAAUUAAAUUUAAAAUCGACACUACAAAUUUAUUAAAUUGACAAG